AUGUCGUCAGUAAAAUAUGCAUUCUCUGAAGAGAUGAUCCUGCAUCAAACAGAGAUCCUGCCUGGCGACUUCGUCGAAGCACGAAAAUCCAAUAAAACUUUCUUGGGUGUCAUUCUUCCAAUUCCUGAGGACAAGGAAAUAUCAGGUGCUGGCCAAGGAUCGACAUUGGUCAUGGUGCUAGCCACUGGUGAGCUGGAACAGAUUCGCACAACAGAUAUCAUGUUGCACCUGCCUCAGUUUGUCGAGCUCAAGGAAGCCGAAAGGGCAGGUCCAUUAAAAUGGGACUACGUACUAGCGGCAGGGUCUCGAAACACGUCAACUUCAUUCACUACAGACGAUGAGUUGGUCGACGCUGAAGGGACCCUUGUUCAUGAGGAAGAGCCGUUCGAUCGUAACAGGUUUGUUACCCGGGCGAAUAUCUGUCGAAAAAUUCGUGAUAUGCAGCGUGAGACUGAUCGUGAAAUAAGACGUUUAUUCCCAGCAUUCCGGAACGUGUUUCUUCAAGAUGCAAACAAGUUCGAAGAAGAGCCCAAUGUUGUGGCGGACAAGCAUGUCCAAGAAGUACAAGCUAGAGCAGAAAAACUAUUAAAGUCUGGUCUUGUCUCAACGUACAGUGUGGUUCAGAUUCUGGAAAUGUAUCUAUCUAAGAGCUUGAAUCCUGUCAAAAUCAAUGCUUCUACCUUUUUUGCAGCUCACACUUUAUUGAUGGGCCAUCCGUCAAAAUUUUUGGCGGAUAGUAUCUCACAUCGUAAAAGCCAGCUGUUCACCUAUCGCUCUGAGGCAGAGCAGAAAGUUUUGGAAAAUGUCACAAAAUGGAUUCAAUUGCUGUCUUCAGAGAAUUCGGACAAGAGUACCCGUGAUGCGGCAGCUAUAAUUGAUGGCUUUUGUGAAAGAGCACGACAUAUUCUGAAAUGGGAUGCCAAGCGGCAGGCCGUUGGUGAAUUGCCCAAAAAAGACGACCCUGUCCUAAAUCCUGAUGGGAAGACGUUGUUUCAAUGGACAGAGACUGACAGGGAUAUCAUUGAGUUUUUGAAAAUCAGUCUCGGCAACCGAAGAGAAUUGCAGGAUAAUAUCACUGGGAGCAUUGCGAUGUCUAUUAUCAAAAGAGUUGGCGUAAACGUAUGCCUCUCUCCUAUCUUGCAUACUGAUAGUCAUGGCAAACUUCAAAUCGACGACAAUGAAUCAAAGGAUGGUAUUGCUAAGCUUGAAACAACCGUCACAGAAGCAGGAUUUGAUUUGCAGCAUGCACAAAUGUUUAACUUUUUGAUUCGUAUUGGUGCGCUAACACCAUGGGAGAACCCUAACGCAUUGGAUACGCAAUUAAAGAAUCUGCACAAGAAUGAUGAAUAUACGGAACAGGAAUACUCCGAACUCAAAGAAGAGAAGGAGCCAAGAACUGACUUUGGACAGUUACCUGUAUAUGUGAUUGAUGCUGAAUCGUCUUUUGAACUGGAUGAUGGUGUAUCAAUUGAAACCACUAGUGAUCCAACGCAUUGUUGGGUUCAUGUCCAUAUUGCGGAUCCAACGGCUUGGAUUCCUCAUGAUCAUGAGUUGGCUAAGUGGGCGGAACAUAAAUAUACAAGCAUCUACUUCCCUGAAGCUAUGUGGCCAAUGCUCCCACCAGAAAUUACGAAUAAGGCCCAUGAACGUGAUGACUUUUAG